AGUUACAACAACAACAUCUAACAAAAUGUUAGUUCAGACAACACAUUUUAUUGGGUUAGCCAAAUGACCUUUUCAACCAGAGGCAUUUUCUGUAGCAUAAACGCCAUUUUUUAAGUCGAGUACUCAAACAUUUUAGUUUUUUAAUUAAAAUGUAAAACAAAUCCAGUGUUGUGUAGUUAAUUACAGCAACAAAAAAAACAAAAACAUUUAGAACCUGGAAUAAAUGAAGUAGCUGAAAUUGUUUAGUGUUUUUGUUUGUUUUCAGAUUUACUGUUUAUUUAGUUGCUUGUAAGAAAUACAUUACAGCAACAUUUGUGUUUUCCAGUAGUUUAUUAUUUUUGUUGUAAACCACAGAUUUUCAUUGUUUUACAAAACAAAAAACAUGUGCUGUCCUAUAUAAACAGCAUGACAAAUAACAAAACCAUCAGUGUGUGGGCAUAAAAAUACAAAACAACUCCAUUAGUGUGGAAAAAUUGAGUUAUCCACCCAGUUUUUUGGGUUGUCACAAGUUAAAUAUUGUUUGAAAGUAAGUGACAGAUGCAUUUACCUUUGAAUUAGCCGCAUUUUUAAGUUGAUGUAAUUAUCAAUAUUUUCCUGUUUUGAAAACUUAAUAAAAUUAUUCUGCCAACUUAAAAGUUUUGAUCCAUUUAAUCCAAUUUAGAAUUUUUAAGUUACAACAAUGUAUUAAACUAUGUAGUGGUAACAGACCUCUGUUGAAGACAACAGUAAAUGAGCAGGUGUUUGUAUUGUGUGUCAGGUAUUUAUAUUUUCCCUGUUUAUUUCUGCUUUUGAAUUGCAUUAUGAGACCUUGAUCUUUCCUCUAACCACUUUUAACAUUGAAAAAUGGACUUUCUCAAAGUGUUUGUGAUGCAGUGUGCGGUGCUCUGUUGUGUGUGUUGGUGUUUUACAUCACGCUACAUUAACCUUGUAAGAAACUGCAGCACAUUUACUGCUAUUUUAGGCUUAUUCCUCUAUACAUUACAUAUUUAUAUUAUGUUCAAGCUCCCAUAAUGCAAUUCACAUCCAUGAAUAAACAGAAAACAGAUAUUUAAUUAUGACACACACACAAUUAAAAUCAGCUCUGCUAUUCAGGCUAAUAUAGCGCUUUAAUCCCCCAUUCUCCAGCAGCACUGGAAAACAUGAUGAGGACUGUGUAACAGUGAUUGUGUGCUGUAACAGGAUGCUGUUCCUCUCGCUGAAGGGCUCUUUGACGCCACCGGCCUCAGACAAACACAAGCAGAGAUGUGGACUGAAAGCUCGGGCCCGAUAUAGCACUGACACACUUCCUCCAGAACAUCCUGUUUGCUGCGCUCUUGUGUACUCACACCCUCACAUACACACAUGGCUGAGGACUAGACAGGUGACCGCGGUCCACGGUGGGAGAUCGGAAAGCUCUUUUCGGGGUUGUUGUGGGUUUGAGGAACACCGCUGUGAAGCUCAAUGAUGGGGUGCUGCCUGUUCAUCCAGCAGAAGAAGAAGAGGAAGCAGAGGAAGAGAGAUGUGGAUUCACUCAGUCUGUGCAGCCUGGACAUCAACGAACCCAGCACCAAGCGGGUGAAGCCUCUGUCUCGGGUGACGUCGCUGGCGAGUCUCAUUCCUCCAGUUAAAGCUGCUCCACUGAAGCGCAUCGGACAGACACUGCAGCGGUCCAUCAGCUUCCGCAGUGACUGCAGACCGGAGAUUAUGGCACCUCGGCCGUGGAGCAGGCAGGUUGUGCCGACCAUCACCAAACGGCGUGACAGCAAGCUGUGGAGCGAGACGUUUGAUGUAGGCCUGGGACAUAUGCUAUCCUCCAAAGAAAUCAAGAGACAAGAGGCCAUCUUUGAGCUGUCUCAGGGAGAACAGGACCUGAUUGAAGACUUGAAGCUGGCCAAGAAGGCAUAUCACGACCCUAUGCUGAAGCUGUGUAUUAUGACGGAACAUGAACUCAAUCAAAUAUUCGGCACGCUGGACUCCCUCAUUCCACUACAUGAAGAUCUGCUGAGUCGCCUGCGAGACGUCAGGAAUCCGGACGGCUCGACUGAUCAUAUGGGCCAUAUUCUAGUCCACUGGCUCCCUUGUCUUGAAACCUACAACAGCUACUGUAGUAACCAGGUAGCAGCGAAAGCCUUGCUGGACCAUAAGAAGCAGGACCAUCGGGUGCAUGACUUUCUUCAGCGCUGUCUGGAAUCACCCUUUAGCCGAAAACUGGACCUCUGGAACUUCCUGGACAUCCCGCGCAGUCGACUGGUCAAAUACCCACUGCUACUGCGAGAGAUCCUCAAACACACACCCAAUGAGCACCCCGACCGCCAGCACCUGGAUGAAGCUAUUAACAUGAUCCAGAGCAUCGUGGCCGGUAUUAACACACAGACGGGCGAGUCGGAGUGCCGCUACUAUAAAGAGCGCUUACUGUAUCUGGAAAGUGGCCAGAGAGACUUGCUGAUCGAGAGCUCACGGAUCCUCAUCUGCCACGGAGAACUCAAGAACAACAGAGGCGUUAAGCUGCACGUGUUCCUGUUCCAGGACGUGUUGGUGAUCACGCGGGCGAUUAGCCACAAUGAGCAGCUGUGGUAUCAGCUUUACCGGCAACCCAUUCCUGUGAGAGACCUGGAGUGGGAGGACCUGCAGGACGGAGAGAUGCGAGUCGGUGGAUCCAUCAGAGGAGCCUUCAGCAACAAUGAACGGACCAAGAACUUUUUCCGGGUGAUGUUUCGUUGUGGAGGACAAACGCAGAUGCACUGCUUCCAGGCCAGCGACACCUUCAACAAACAACAGUGGCUCAACUGCAUUCGACAGGCGAAAGAAGCAGUGGGAUCUGCAGAAUCAGAGCCACCCCGAAGCCCGCAGAUGGACAGAGAGAGGCAGCAUAACGACUGCUCGGACUCUAACAUGAUGGACACCAUGGAGGAUUCCAGCUCUGAAUACCCACAAAUGGAGCUCGCAGACAUCCCCGUCAGCCCUGUGAGAGAGUGAACGCUGCGCGGUGCAUAAGCAUGUGCUUCUGCUAAACCAGCGCUCCUGUUCACUAUUGUGUGAUGAAAUAGCCAUUCAGGAAGCACUUCUCUGUCUGCAGUUUCCUAAAGGAUCAGUGGAUGAUUUGAGAAUAGAAAUAUCCUCAGGUUUUGGAGGAAAGCACUUCAGUGGUUUGAACUUGAACACUGCAGUUUCAGCGCAGCUUCUUCAUGAUCUCAGAUGAGGAAUAAGUGGCUCAUGCCGAGUUCACAUUGCAAGAUUUCAGCUGGCUUUCACCCGCUGGCAGGUUUCAUGUAAUUGCAGCCAAAACCUUGUCAUCUGAGGCAAAUGGGUGCUCAUUCAGACGAGCGGCAGUCACACAGCGGGAUUCUUCAUAGAUGUGAUCUGAGAGAAUGGCAGACGUGCUGCUUAUCAUACUAAAUAUCUGGACCUGAAAAUCAUCCUGUGUGAAAUGAGUUCUGACCAAUAAACACACUGGCCAUGACCUACAGCCAAUGAGAGAGGAAGAUGGAGCACAGCGGGGAGGAGUUAUACACCACAAUCUCCAAAUAAAGAAGCUUUACUGGAACACAGAGCAGACACCAAGAGGACACACUAGCUGGAGCAGCCGCACACUGCAGCACUGUUUAUUCCACUCCAGACCUCCAACAUCUCUGCCCUUUCACUGCGAAUCAGAGCAUUUCAAUCGCAAAUGAUUAAUACUUAUUGCCAUAUCCAUAUCCAGUCUGGAUCAUGGUCCACAGUUAGUUUGUCAUCUCUUCUCGCGAGUGUUUGUGAGCCACACAGUCCUGCUGUGUGUCCUCCUCUCACAUCCAACACCGGCUCAUUCAGGAUAUGUACCCCUGUAUAAAUUUCUGGAGAGCACCAAAUACCUCGCAGGAGCUACGUUUUUUGUAGUUGUUGUUAUUGUGAAUCCACCAGAGGCUGCUGUGUACGCUUUCAGAUCUCAAAUAUCUCUCACAAGUGCCAUUCAUGCCUGCUGUUCUCGCGUAAAUCCACCAGAGGCCGCUGACGAGUGACUGAACAAUUGACUGACCCACCCUCCUCCUUCCUUAAACCCAACCCACAGUGUUUUCAAAAGCAAUCCAGAAAAAGAAGCAGCCUGAUUUGUACCUCGCUUUCAGAUCUUACCACAUUGUCACGCUGUUAUUUACUUGUUUAUUUUAUUUUUUGGCUUCAGUUUUACCUGUUUACCUGGAGCUGUUCUUCUCCAGACUCCAACUCCUUCAUCACGAUCAUCUCAUCUGCUGACAUAUGCAGCAAGCCACUUGGCAAACAGCAGGAAAGCCAUCCAUAUGAAGGUAAUCGGUCAGCUGGAGCGAAAGGGAACGGCGUCAGACCACCCUGUACAUUCGCCAUACGCACCUCUGGCUACAUAUUUCAGGAUCUCCAGAUUUGUGUACAGGGGUACAUUUUCAGAAUGAGCCUAUGUUGGAUCUAUCAGUGUGAACACUGCAGAACCUGAACGCUCCCCCUCCUGCAGUGUUGAACACAGCAGCCAUCUGGAGAUUUCUUGGUGGAAUAAGGUCAUUUUCGUAAUAGAAUACAGAUGGAUGUGUGUGUCAACCAGCUAAUCUUAGCUCGGGGACGCAUUCCUUUAUGGAUAAAACAUGUAUAACAUUGAAAUUCCUAUUUAAAAUGACCAAUCACUCAAACACAGCAGUAUACAGUCCAAACCACUGAACACCCGAAACAUCCUCUGUAUAUAACAAUAUAUAUAUAAACAAUCAGGAACACUAAUGUAUAGUCAACAGAAUAAAGAGGACAAGACAGAAGCUGCGUCCGAAAUCACACACUCAUUCACUUAUUUUCUUUCCGGCUUAUUCCUUUUAUUAAUCAGCGGACGCCACGGCGGAAUGAACCGCCAACUAUUCUAGCAUAUGAUUUACACAGUGAAUGCCAUUCUAGCCACAACCCAUCACUGGGAAACACCCAUACACACUCAUUCACACACACACACACACUGCAGACUAUUUAGCUUACCCAGUUCCCCUAUAGCGCAUGUGUUUGGACUGUGGGGGAAACCGGAGCACCCGGAGGAAACCCAUGCCAACACGGGGCGAACAUGCAAACUCCACACAGAAACACCAACCGACCCAGCCAAGACUCAAACCAGAGACCUUCUUGCUGUGAGGUGAUUGUGCUACCCAUUGCGCAACCAUUCUACCGAAAUCACACACCUCCAUACUAUAUAGUGCACUAAAGUCAGUAUGCGAGCUGAGUAGUAUUAUCUUCACCACUGGCUUUCGGGAUCUGUGGAGCUGCGCAUGGAUGGAUUUGCUGUUCAGUGUUUGGACUCUCAGUAGUGAUUAUUAAAUCACACUGAACUGAACUGAACUGAACUGAACUGAACUGAACUGAACUGAAACACUAAAUACUGAACUCCACUGUUUACAUUCACUAUGAUCUUCUAUGUGAAGCAGCUUUGGCACCAUCUACAUUGUAAAAGUGCUGUACUAAUGAAUUCAGUGUGGUUUAAUAUUCACUGCUGAGAGUCCAAACACUGAACAGCAAAUCCAUCCAUGAUCCUGACCCAUGCUAAGCCAGCGGCGACAGCGGAGAGGAAAAACGUCCCCAGUUGACCAAAGUGAAAGAUAAAAACCUGCAGAGAGAGCAGGCUCAGCUGGGCUCCACCAAGUCUCCUCUGGACAAAUGUCUUGUGCGGAGCUGCAGUCCAGGCGCCGGAGGCUGGAGAUGUCCAUCAUUGGGAAGCUGCAUGAGUAGGUUACAGUAUAAAGGUCAGUCUCAGGAAUACCAUGUUUAAGUAAAGUAUUGUCAGUGUUUGUUUUGUUGAUGCCAAACCCCUGGAGUGCAUUCUUGCUGUGUUUACUAUUGUCAUGUAUGACUGAGGAGUUAAAACUCUGAUUUGAUGUUGACUGUCAGCUUCGUGCUUUAGUCUUGAUGGAGUCUGAUUGACUCUGAGCCUGUGGAGCUGUGUCUGGUCACCUCUCCUGGAGGAAUACACUGUAGCUUCACUGGAAACGCUCUGCCGUGGCAUCAUCGUGUUUUGUGUGUGCAGACAGACAAAGAAAACCACCUUCGCCAC